GGGUGUUCUUCCUUAUUUGUGAUCACACAAGCUACAUUUGGCCUGGCUGCAGCCCUUUUUGUUGUUGUUGUUGUUGAGGAAUACGCUAAUGGGCAGGCGUUUUAUCGUUAGACAUUUAGUUCGGAGUAUGUAUUUAUGAAUUGAUUCAAGAAACUUGGUAGUUACCUAGGUAAAAACUAGCGCUAAGUAACUUCGUUAACUAGCUGGUUACGUUAGCAGCCAGUUAGGAGUAGCUAGUACACACAGGUGAGUGGCCUCUCAAAUGCAUUAGCAACUUAGUAGCUAGCAACAUCUGGGUGUAUCCUAGCGAAGUAAGUGAGUUUUCAGUCUAUGACCUUUUUAUUUGCUGCACAAAUUGGAAGUCUUCUUAACUUCGAACCGAACACAAAUAUAAAUAUUGCAACGAUUUCCCUUAGUUUAGAUGCAUGCAGGGCCUCUACGAUAUCUAGUUCACGUUAGCUAGCUAAAUGGCGUCAGAUAGUGACACAGAGGAAUUCUACGAUGCUGCUGAAGACGUACAUUUUACUCCACCGCCUAAAUUGACACCGACACAGUUUGUUCUUCCCACACCUCCGGGGGUGGUAGAGAGCCCACCAGAGGACGUGGCUGUUGGGCUGGCCACACUUGAGGCACGCCAAGAUGACCCCAUCCAGAUCAUCGACAGCAUCAUUGAGGAGAGCCAGAAGGGAAUUGUGGUGGAGGAGGCUCUGUUGAAGGGAGAGAUGGAUGUUGAGACGAGGGCGGAGUCAGUGGUGAAGAAGGAGAAUAAGGCCCCUGUAGAACCAGAGCAUCCUGCUGUGGAACCUCAGCCUGUGGUUGAGAGAUCAGAGCAGCCUCAGGAACAGCAUGGAGCGUGUGCCAUGGUUCUCCCAGACAUCCCCGGCCCGUCAGUUGGGUCACAGGAGCAUGUCCAGCCCCCAGACAUCACCAGCACCCUGGGUCAGAGUCAACCAGACCUCCCGCCGGACCUCCCUGACCUACCCCGGGUGUCUGCAGAGGACAGGGAGCAGAGACCUGCAGACAUCCUAGACCAGGUCCCCCUCACAGACAAGAAGCUAUGUGACUCCACCGACCCUGGGCCUUCUAAAGCCCCACGGCAGUUCACUGUAGAGCCUGACAUUGUGGCCAGCACCAAGAAGCCUCUGCCCUCACGCCCCCCUCCUCCCAGCGGAGCUCCUCCUCCACGACCACCUCCCCCAUCCCGACCUGCUCUACCCCUCAGCAAGAAGUCCCAGGAGUGUAUGAGGCCCACGGGACUGGAUGUGGAGCCAGAGGAGCCGUGUGGCCUGGUGUCUCCUAGCAGCACAGUGAGAGGCAUCACCAAGGAUCUGCAGCACUCUCUGGACUUGGCCAGUGCCACCAGCGGGGACAAGGUGGUCACAGCACAGGAGAAUGAGGAUGAGCAGGCAUCCGGUCCCAUUGAUGACUCUCUAGGUCCUCAGCGCCCACGCUCCAACUCUGGCAGAGAGCUGACUGAUGAGGAGAUCCUGGCGAGUGUGAUGAUCAAGAAUCUGGACACUGGGGAGGAGAUCCCUCUGAUCCAGGCAGAGGAGAAGCUUCCUACAGGGAUCAACCCACUCACAUUACACAUCAUGAGGAGGACCAAGGAGUACAUCACGAAUGACGCAGCACAGUCCGAUGAUGAUGACAGAGGCCAGGCUCCGCUGACUGACACAGACGGAGGGAAGCUGAAACAGAAAACCACUCGGCUGAAGAAGUUCCUGGGCAAGUCUGUGAAGAGGGCCAAGCAUCUGGCUGAGGAGUAUGGGGAGAAGGCCGUCAACAAGGUGAAGAGUGUACGUGAUGAAGUUUUCCAUAACGACCAGGAUGACCCGUCGUCCAGUGACGAUGAGGGGAUGCCCUACACCCGGCCUGUCAAGUUCAAGGCAGCCCACAGCUUCAAGGGUCCCUUCGACUUUGAUCAGGUUAAGGUGGUCCAGGACCUGAGCGGGGAGCACAUGGGUGCAGUGUGGACCAUGAAGUUCUCUCACUGCGGGAGGCUGUUGGCGACAGCAGGCCAGGACAACGUGGUGCGAAUCUGGGUUCUGAAAAAUUCCUUUGACUACUUCAACAACAUGAGGGCAAAGUACAACACUGAAGGUCGUGUGUCUCCCUCUCCCUCUCAGGAAAGCCUGUGUUCCUCCAAAUCAGACACGGACGGUGGGGUGAGUAAGAUGAGCAGUGUUCCUGAAGACCCUGAGGACAAGAAUCUCCCCUUCCGCCAAGUCCCGUUCUGCAAGUACAAGGGUCAUACAGCUGACCUGCUUGACCUGUCCUGGUCAAAGAACUACUUCCUGCUUUCCUCGUCGAUGGAUAAGACCGUCCGACUGUGGCACAUAUCCAGGAGAGAGUGUCUAUGUUGCUUUCAGCAUAUUGACUUUGUCACAGCCAUCGCUUUCCAUCCCAGAGAUGACAGGUACUUUCUGAGUGGCUCUCUGGAUGGGAAACUGCGUCUGUGGAACAUCCCAGACAAGAAGGUGGCUCUGUGGAAUGAGGUGGAUGGACAAACACGCCUCAUCACUGCUGCCAACUUCUGCCAGAACGGGAAGUAUGCAGUCAUUGGCACCUACGAUGGCCGCUGCAUCUUCUACGACACAGAGCGCCUUAAAUACCACACCCAGAUCCAUGUACGGUCAACCCGAGGCAGGAACCGAGUGGGACGGAAAAUCACAGGCAUCGAGCCUCUGCCUGGAGAGAACAAGAUUCUGGUAACCUCCAAUGACUGCAGGAUCCGCCUGUAUGACCUGCGGGACCUGUCUCUGUCCAUGAAGUACAAGGGUUAUGUCAACAGCAGUAGUCAGAUCAAAGCCAGCUUCAGCCAUGACUAUUCGUUCAUUGUGAGUGGCUCAGAAGACAAGUACGUGUACAUCUGGAGCACCUACCAUGAUCUGAGCAAGUUUACCUCUGUACGACGAGACCGCAAUGACUUCUGGGAGGGAAUUAAAGCCCACAAUGCAGUAGUGACAUCGGCCAUUUUCGCCCCCCAUCCUAACCUGAUCGUCCCCCAGGAGGUGGGGGCAGAGAAAGCGGGGGCUGGGGCCGAUGCAGAGUGUAAGAGCGUGGACUCCACUGAUUCCGAGACAAUUCCCUCAGGGGCUCUGAAGGCCGAUCAUACAGAGGUUCUGCUCUCUGCUGACUUCACCGGCGCCAUUAAAGUUUUCAUCAAUGUAAAAAAAAUACUGAGCACUUCUGCCUUAAAGGCUUCACCCUGAACAUAUACUGAACUCUUGUCAGUGUGCAGUCCUACCAUGGAGGCAGAGCAACCCGCUGCCCUGCCAAUGCUUCUAAAACCGGACAAUUUCCUACUGGUGAGUGCUCCGGGAGGGAGGAGUUACCCUCCGGAGAACAGGGACCCUAAAGUAGAGGAUGAUGAUGGGAAGGUGGCUCCCAGAUGUCCUGUCACAAAGCACAAGUACGCUGUGUUUAAAGUAACGCAGGUUUGUGAGACUGGAUCAGAUCGUAUAGUAGGACCAGAAUUUGGUUAAACAAGUGCAGUGUGGACGGUUAUGUACGUUUUUUUUUUUUGUGUCAGUUUUAACGGGCACUGUCUUACUCUGAACUUCACUGCUUUUCUAGUACCCUCUCCUCCUUGCCAGGAAUGUCAGUCUUAAAAUUAAAACCAACUCUAAUCAUUUCGGUUACAUCUGUGUCUUUAUGUUAUGAAAAAUAAAAUGGAACCACUUUAAGGAUA